GCGAGAUAGAGAGAGAGAGAGAAAAGAAAGAGACACCUGUACCAGGCUCAGAUAGUCUUGUACGUGUGUGAGAGAAAAUGUCUCAGGAAGACUGAGUAAUAUAAACAAAAAAAUACCCUCUGCAAUUCAAAGAGAAAGAGGGAGAACGAGAGACAUACACCUGUAGAACUGGAAAAAGAGCCUGCUCUGUACCUGACAAGAGAGAUAAAAGUCAUCACAAUACCUUUAGGAGACUACAUGACACCUAUCUUUGGAGAAACGACGUGGGGACCAUAACAAUUUGCAGAGUAAAAAAAGAAAACAUUUAAAUAAGUCACUUGACUUUCCCAAUGGAGGAGACUUCCAAUAGCUGGUGGAAGCUCACAUUUUUACGCAAGAAGAAAUCCACUCCAAAAACUGUUUAUGAAUCCGUAGGGGAACAUGCAGGAACCGAAAAAGGAGCAGAGGGAAACAAUGGAGACAGCAACUACACUCAACGCCUGGAAAAAAUAGUGGAUAAAAACUCAAAGGGGAAACACGUAAAAGUGUCCAACUCAGGGAGGUUUAAGGAGAGGAAGAAAGUUCGGCCUGCACUAAAUGAUACUCCUGGAAUUUGUCCAGAGCCUCCACCAGGCCAAUAAGGAAGUGGAAUCCCUGGACUGUCCAUCAGGUGCUACUCUGGGCAACAUGGCAAACCAUCAAACUGUGCACUAAGCCCCAUUCUACUUAUCCAUAUGGCAGCUGGAAGAUGAUUGUCCUCAGCACUGGGAGGUAUGCGUGUAAACCUUUUUGAAGGCCAUAAUAUCCAUUGAGGAAAAGCAGCCUUUAACCCGCUUUUUAAGGCAAUAUUAUACUGAUUUCGACACUGUUUACAGACGUUAACCUCCAGCACAAAUAUAUAAAAUAUGUCAAUUUUUCCCUUUGCACUUAUAUGGAUGUAUGGCUUUGGCCCAACAUGCUCCUGCACAUGGCCUUGUCUUCUUCAACAUGUAUCACUAAUUAGCAGCUUUCUACUAAAUCUUGUGUUUGCUGCUUAUCAACAACCGUGUGUGCAGUAGUACAGUCUGACACACCAACACA